AUGCUGCUGAUGGCUCUGUCACUGGUGAAUUACUUUGGGUACCUGGAGCACAGGGAUGAGCCCUUCACCAAAUGCUGCAGCAAGUUUCCCAAGCUGAUGAAACUUGGAAAAGACAUCACGCUGUGGGGCCUGGAGAUCGGCCUGCUGACCAUGAGGAAGGGAGAGGUUGCAAGGUUUUUCCUCAUGCCAAAAUACGCCUACGGGCAGCUGGGCUGUCCCCCCCUCAUUCCCCCCAACAGCACAGUCACCUUCGAAGUGGAGCUGCUGGAUUUCCUCAACUCGGCUGAAUCUGAUGCCUUCUUCGAGUUGACUGCUGAGCAGCAGGAUACAUUUCCACUACAGAAGGUGUUGGAAGUGGCAGACAGAGAGAGACAGUUUGGCAACUACCUGUACCGUAACCAGGUCUUGGAGCAUGCCAAGGAGAGGUACAAAAGGGCCCUCUCCAUCCUUGGUCGCAGCCCUUCCAGUGCGGCAGAGCAGCAGCAGAUCGACGCGUCCAAGCUGCUGGUCUUCCUGAAUCUCUCCAUAACAUACUUGAAACUGAAGCGUCCUGCCAGAGCUUUGGCAUAUGGGGAGAAAGCCUUGAAAAUUGACCAAAGAAAUGCCAAAGGGCUGUUCAGGUGUGGCCAGGCUUGUCUCUGCAUGGCAGAGUAUGAAAAAGCCCGGGAUUUCCUGGUCAGAGCUCAGCACAUCCAGCCCUUCAACCACGAUAUUAACAAUGAGCUAAAAAAGCUGGCAAGCUACUACAGGAAAUCCAUGGAAAAGGAGAAAGAAAUGUGCUGCAGAAUGUUUGCCCACCUCAGGCUCCCUCCAGCUGACCAGGAAUAA